AUGGAUUACACAGUCGAUAUGAGUUGUGUGAUGAAAGUGAACAGAAACUGCGAGCUUUGUCGGCAAAAAGUCACCGAAGUGAUGCAUUGUGUCAACGUAGUUUACUCAGUGGAUUUCGUGGGAGCAGACAACUCAAUCAAGCUCAAGGCAAGAGCAAACCCUAAUAUAAUUUUAGCUGUUAUUGAACGUUACGGUGAACAUGGAAAAAUCUCUAAUCUUCGUUUCGACGGUGAAGUUAUGAACUUUCAGGGCAAUGGUUAUUACGGCCAAUCAGGCCUUUACCUUCCUUCCAACUCCGCCGGUUAUUAUCCUCCUCCGCCGCAUGUUUUCGCUGGAAACUAUGGUUAUCCUCCUACGUCGAAUCCGCCGCACCAAAUAGAGUCGGCUCCACGACGGAUAAAUAACCAGCUUUUAGAACCUCCGCGGCCACCAGCGAAGCCGUUACAUAGUUACUCUUACGUAGAACCACCGUAUUGGCAGACUAGUUCGUCGAGUGGAGGAAGGUGCGUGAUCAUGUGA